UAAUUAAACUGGUUUGAUACCUAUUUGUCGAUAUGAGGGGUGGUAAGUUUUCAAAUUGUCACCCUGUAUGUACCUGUAUUACAGAGAGGAAUUUCUGAAAGCAGCAACUUCAAGAAUUUUUUGAGAACAUAAGAGACAUCUUAGAAUAUAAUGUAUAAUGUAAUAUAAUAUGUUUACAAUUAUGAUGAGACGAAUAUCACUGAUGACCCUGGUUCGAAGAAAGUGUUGGUGCCCAGAGGAACCAAGAGAGUCGAACGAGUUCAAGAGCACUCGAGGACAUCGAUCAGCAUCAUGGUUUGCGGAUCAGCUAAUGGGGACUUGCUUCCUCCCAUGGUCGUGUAUAAGGCACAAACACCUGUACGAAAAUUGGAGUAAGGGAGGUCCUGCAGGCGCAAUUUAUCGGGUGACGCCAAGUGGGUGGUUCGAUAUAAACACAUUCGAACAAUGGUUUUUUGAUGUUUUGAUUCCUCACAUUAAUGCUAAGAGCACCCAUGAACAAACAAAAGUUGUGAUUGGAGAUAAUCUUGCGUCACACUUUUCCCCUCGCGUUGUUGAAGCAGCUGAAGAAAAUAAUAUUUAUAUGACCCCCUACCAUCAAAUUCAACGCAUUUGAUGCAACCUCUGGACGUCAGUUUUUUUGCCCCCAUGAAGCGGAAAUGGCGCGAAAUUCUGGAUUUAUGGAGAAAGGAAUGUCGUCGAAAAGGAAGCAUCCCGAAAGAACAUUUCCCAAGCAUCGUAAAUAGAUUGUGGUUCCAUAUUGAAAACACGUCUGCUACAAAUCUUCAAUCUGGCUUUAGAGCAACAGGGCUGAGCCCAUUUAAUCCUGAAAAAGUUUUGGCGAAAAUUCCUGGCGCAAAGCCGGAUUCCGAGAGAGUGCUAGAUUCAAGUUUCUUAGAAUUUUUGCAGGAGGCUAGAGGAUAUUCCAAGGAACCGACAAAUUCUCUCAAAAGGGAAAACAAGUGUCUGCAAGACCAGGCCAGCAGAUGCAAAGAUCAGUUGAAACAGCACUCCAACCCGUUUAGACUCACCAAUGGAUUUACCAAAAAUUUUUGUUGAUGCAACUCCAACUACGAAGAAACCAAAGACAAGACUCCCCAUCAAACCAAAAAAAUCAAAGACCGUUGCUCCUGAUAAACCUGGACCGUCCAGAGCUCGCCGAAACAAGACAGACAUUGUCGACACUGACUCCGAUUCUUCCUGCUCUAUAUGCAAAUGUUCUUACGCAACCUACACUGACAGAGACAGAGUGGAUUUGUUGCGUUUCUUGUUUAAAGUGGGUAUGCGGUAUUUACAAUGAUGGCUCCAAGGACCCGCAAUAUGAAUGUCCUUCAUGCAAUUGUUGUUGCAUUUGUUUGGUUCCAUACUCCUAGUACACAUAUAAAAAGUCUUGGGAUCAAGUGUGUGAACUGUGGAAAGUGGGUUUGUGGAUACUGCAACAAGGGAUCCAAACAAGCGAGAUACGAGUGUCCCAUUUGUUUCGACGAAGACUAAAGCCGGAAACAUAUAUAGGUGACGCGAAGCGACGCGACGUUACGCCAUAUUUUCGUUAGUUUUCCUGUGUGUGCAUAUUUGAACGAUGCGACGCGCCGUCACGCAACGGAACGCCACUUCACUUACCAUAAAAUACAUACAGUCAUCUCCAGUUCAUCAAAAGUAACAGACGACAUAAGAUGGAUUUGGGUAGUUCCGAUGAAUACGAAGAAGAAAUUGAGGAAGCGUGCGUGGCUAUUAUGUGCAUAGAAGCGCAUUGUAAAAGAAGAAGUGUGUGGGUACACGAAAUUAAUUUGAAUAGAGAAAACGAUGGUGAAUAUCAUACCUUAAUUAAGAUUUUGGAAAAAGAAGAGAAUAGUGAUCGAUUCCACAUGUACUUUCGUAUGAGCAAGAAUCAGUUCAAUUAUCUCCACGAUUUAAUCAAAGACAAGAUUAGAAAAAUUGACUCAAAAUUUCGACGCGCAAUUGGAACCAAAGAAAGACUAGCUGUUUGCUUAAGAUUUUUGGCUACAGGAAAUUCAUUUCGUUCUCUCGGAUUCAGCUACAAAAUGGGAUUCAGUACAGUACGAAGUAUUAUAUAUGAAGUUUGCGAAGUCAUUGGAAAGAUGCUGGGCCCUAUAGUAAUGCCACCUCCUACUGAAGAAACUUGGCGUACAAUUACAGAAGGCUAUAAGAAUAUAUGGAACUUCCCCAACUGUUUAGGAGCCCUUGAUGGGAAGCACAUCAACAUACGAUGUCCCAUAAAUAGCGGAUCGGAUUUUUAUAAUUAUAAGGGAAACUACUCUAUUGUCCUUCUUGCACUGGUAGAUGCCAACUACAAGUUUAUUGCAAUUGAUGUAGGUUCUUACGGUCGAAAUAGUGAUGGGGCUAUAUUUAGUAAUUCUCAACUUGGGAAAUCAUUAGCUAGCAAGAGUAUGAACGUACCUCAUGAUAAGCCAUUAGUUGAAGGCGGAGAAGCAUUACCGUUGGUGAUAGUAGGAGAUGAAGCAUUUCCAUUAAAAAACUACCUUCUUCGACCUUAUAGCAGACAAAAUAUUGCAGGUAAUGAAGCUAAUAAGAUAUUCAAUUAUCGAUUAUCCAGGGCUCGAAGAGUGGUAGAGAAUGCUUUUGGGAUUUUAAGCGCUAGAUGGAGAAUUUUUCUACGUUACAUGGAGGUACAACCAGAUAAGGUGGAUACUAUUGUUCUAGCUUCAUGUUGUCUACAUAAUUUACUUUGUGAUAAUAGGGACUUCGAGCCCGAAAAUGACCACUUCAAUCAGGCUGAAUCUGGUUUAUAUAAUCUCGGUCGAUUAAGGCAAAAUUAUACUCAACAAGCUAUGUACGUUAGGGACAAAUUCAAAGAUUAUUUUAUGUCAGAAGCUGGAAGUGUUCCAUGGCAAGUGGAACGCGUACGACGAGGAAGACAAAAUAUGUGACACGUGACAAAUUUCAUGCAUAUUUGCAAUUUUACUUUACUUCUCGUUAACUGUACGUGUACUUAAAUAAAUGUUUGUAUUAACUUACCUGUUACAUUCUAUUGGCGAUAUCCUCCCAGGCCUCCUGCCUUAUUGCCUGAUCUCUAUAAAAUUUGCUUUUUAUGUCAUAUAGACAGGGAUGCUCUCGC